AGUUUGAGGCACCGCCCCCUCCUGGUUCUGGGCACAAGGCCAGGUAGAGCUGGGAAUGUCCCGGGCGGAGGCGCUCAGACCUAAUCAUAGCACAACCCUGCACGGCUGUGUUGCAGGGCCCGGAAGGCUCACUGUUCCGAGAUGGCCGGGCAGUCAGACAAGGAUGUGAAGUACUACACCCUGGAAGAGAUUCAGAAGCACAAAGACAGCAAGAGCACCUGGGUGAUCCUGCAUCAUAAGGUGUACGAUCUAACCAAGUUUCUCGAAGAGCAUCCUGGUGGAGAAGAAGUCCUAAGAGAGCAAGCUGGGGGUGAUGCUACCGAGAAUUUUGAGGACGUCGGGCACUCUACGGAUGCACGAGAACUGUCCAAAACAUACAUCAUCGGGGAACUCCAUCCAGAUGACAGAUCAAAGAUAGCCAAGCCUUCGGAUACUCUUAUCACUACUGUCGAGUCUAAUUCCAGUUGGUGGACCAACUGGGUGAUCCCAGCCAUCUCAGCCCUGGCUGUAGCUCUGAUGUAUCGCUUCUACAUGGCAGAAGAUUAACUUGUCUCUCCGAAGCCAAGGAACUAAAAGACUGCCCCAGAGAGGGGAGAAAAGAAGCCAGUGUUAAUCACUUCCACUGACAGAAACCUCCCCCUGAGAACAUAAUUGUAAUAUAUCUGUUUCCCUUUCCUCCUGUGCUAGUAGAACAAACAAGGGACUCUUUGUACUCUUAAACUUUUUAAAUGUGCCUUUUUACUCAACUUCAUUGUGAUGUUUCUUCACUACAUAAUUUACUUAUUGUAAACACGAUCUUUUUAAAAUAUAUCUGGCUUGUAAAGUAUACCA